UAGUCUGUCUGUCUAUCUGUGUGUCUGUCUGUGUGUCUGUCUGUGUGUCAGUCCGUCAGUCAAGUGUUGUGUUUUCAAGGUCUCGCUUCUCUGGCCUUCUCUUGGCCUCCCUUAGCCUCCCUUAGCCUCCCUUAGCCUCUCGACUGCUUGACGGGCUCCACCAAGUCAAUAAUCACGACCAUGGGCAUGGGGCCAGUCCUCGUGAACCGCGUCAACCUUCGACCAUGGCCUUUCAGCCCUCCCUCUUUAACCUACUGGGACUAGGAUGGGGUAAUUGCCGAGGAGGAUCAGCAUCACUGGCCGGUGAUCCCCGCCUUCCGCCCGCCUCCCGCCCGCCUCCCGCCCGCCUCAAUCUACCUGAUCCAGCUUCAUUGGGCCUUUGGGACCCGAGGGCGCUAAGACCUGGGCCCUUGUCACUCCCUGACUCACCCCGGGUCCACCCAUUUGCUAAAUGACUUAACUUUCAAAACUCUAACCACGCUUUGUCUCCAUGGAGCGACACACCCAUUUAUCGCCCAGCCCAACCCGUCAGCCCCGCCUCAGUCCCAGGCCGCCUCAGUCUCAUCAGUCUCAUCAGCCUCAUUAGCUACCCGCCCUCACCAUGCUCGUCCCCGAGGCCUGGCUUUGGUUAAGUGGGGCGGUGGGCCUGGUCAGCCUACCUUUAAUGGCCUUCCUGUGUCUCAAGAUCAAGUCUUCCAAGAAGGAUCCGGCUAUUAUGGGCGUGGCCGGCGUCAUCUCGCCUAUUCACGACCCGGAGAAGGCUGCCAGUCGCCGCCCCUCGUCGGAGUCGCUCUUUGGUCCGCCGGUGUCCGCCCAUAGCUCGCCCCGUCUACUGGGCGGACCCGUGACCAAUGGUCAUUAUGGCCGGACCGGCGAGCCCGGGCGUUUGAACGUGUCGGGCGCCUCGGUGGGCUCAAGUGGCCCCUCGGCCCCGGCGCAAGGCCCGACCCAUCAACAUGCGCGCACGCCCUCCCGUACCGGCGACCGUCGGUUGCCUGAAAUCCCGAAGUCCACGGAAGAUUCAGCUUCCGAUUUGUACGCUACCGUCGAAGAUGCCGAUUUUGAAGGCAAUGAAACGGACGGGCCCCGCGGUCACGGCGGGACCAAACGAGAACAUCCCUACGCCAAAGUCAAAAAAUCCAAAAUGGAGCACCCGUAUGCUACCGUCAAGAAAAAUCAGGACACGGGGUCCAGCGUCUCGCACUUACCCGAGCCCGGGUCCUCGUCUUCGGAGGAUGAAGACGAUGAAGAAGAUGAUGAUAUUUUGGCAUUGGUGGAUUCCCAUCUACAUCCGCCGCUCAAUCGUAGUAGUCGCUCGGGUUCUGGGCAUAGCACUCAGCCGUUGGAUGAAUCCCAUCCCUCCGUGGGCAAUAGCCGCCAGACCACGCCCCUGCCGCCUGAACCCCCCACUUUACCCAACUCCCAUAAUUUGCAAAACACGAAUGCCAAUUUUAGCGGCGAUUCCCAAGAUUCCUCCAAAGGUUAUACGAGUAUUACCGUGCGGGAACCGGCCAAGUCGUUGCAGCUCGUUCGUCCCAUGGAAACACCCUAUGCCACACUAUCCGAGACCUCCGAUGAAACGUAUGCCGCUAUUGAUGAUCCUCGUGGUCCACACAGUCAAACGAAUAGCGAGACCUAUGCCGUAAUUGAUCUGCCUCCGGAAGAGUCUGAAGUGGAUUUUCAUCCUCGUCCGGAUUCCCGAUACGUCAAUCCAUCGGCCUCAGUUCCUCCAGCACCCAUCAGCCGUUAUUCCGUAGCCCCUAAUCACACGUAUUCGAGGAUCGAUCGAUCACGGCCACGGCCGGCCGUAGCCACCAGAGUCCUAGGGGAAAGUUCAUCCGUAUCGCACCCUCCUCCCCCUAGCAUUCCAAAGCGACUCUCUUACAACGUGGAAGAAAUGUACGCCAAAGUGCGCAAAGGCAUUAGUCGAAACGACGACGCCGAUCUCGAGCUACCGGUGGGUGCCAGUGCCAUGGGCUUGGGGGCCCGCCCUAAAAAGACGCCUCCCCGACCUCAAUCUGUCAUCCCGGCUGAGAUAAUUUCCCACCGCCCUCCGCAGCAACCUGCCAAGGAGGAAGACUUUUCUGGGUAUGAACUCAUUCAAGAGGAAAAGCCACCUGCCAAAAACGACUUUGAAGAAGGCUAUGAAACCCUCCCUGAGCUGUUGAACCCACCACCACCAGUACCUCCCAACAAUAUGGCUUCCACUACUCGCAACGGAGGCUACGAAACCGUGCCCAAUGAAAUGGAAGCGCCCUAUGAAGUGAUGCCUGAUUAUUGGCGUUCCAAUACAAGCGCGGGUUACGAAACCGUGACAGGUGCGGGCCCGAGGCUCGGUACGGCGAGUAGAGAACCGGGCUAUGAAGUGAUCAAGAACCGCGAGGCUGACUAUGAUUCGAUUGAAAAAUCGGAUAAAGGCCACCGUGAUCCGGGUUAUGAGAGUGUCAGAGAAAAGAUGCCUCGGAUGCAUCGAGGUGAAGGGGGGGAACCGCCAUACGCCCAAUUGAAGAAUGCCAAUGAGGAAAAUGCGAGUGAUAGUGAUUUGGAUUAUGAGACCAUUCCCCAGAAAUACCGACCACGACAAAACAGUGACAAUGACCCGCAAUACGAAGUGCUAAGUAAAAAGAGCUCAGAGGCUGGCUACGAAACGCUGGCUAACGUGUCUUCCAGUGUGCCCAGCAUCGUGGCAGCCCCCAUUUCCUUUGAAACGGCUUCACCGACCCUUAUUCAUAUGUCCGUGAUCAGUUCCAAUAGCCAGAGGUCAUCCACGUCGAAAUCAAGUUCGAGAUCACCGGAAAUUCCUCCCCGACGGUCCUCGGUGGUUCGUAUUGAGCACAUGGAGUUAUCGGAUGUGGACCCGGGAGACUUGUUAAGCGAAAAGUCGUAUCAUCAUCGAGAAUCCUUAAGUAAUAGUAGUAAGACCUCCUCACCUCACAGCCAUAAGCACGUAUUCGUGUGACAUUUUGUGACUUCGAAAGGCCGCGGAACCGUUUCAAAAAACCUCCAGCCGGAUCACGUUGGACCGUCCGUCCCCGAAUAUCUCCUGUCGACUCGCACUUCUGUUGUUGUACUGCGCACAUUAUAAUAACCACCAACAUGAUAACCAUCCACCUUCGCAUCCUCAUCCACCAACGGACCAAGCAAUACUAUAAAUGGAUUGGAUGGCAACCGACCAUUCUAGAUUUACCCAUGGGCAAGAACAAAUUAUUAUUGAAAUGAAAUGACGGCUGACGCUAACUAUUUAUUUAUUUAAUGUCCUAUCGUAAAGUAUUAAGUUUAACUUUUCAACACAAUGUACCCGUUCAAUAUUCGAGACGUACCUCUAUUAUUCAUGCUCCUUUACCAUGAAUAUGAAUGAGCAUGACCCUGAAUCAUUGUUAUUAUUGUAAUUAACGCCCAGGUUGUUUUGCACGCAUCAUCAUCACAUUCCAUAAUUGUAUUUGAUUGAGAAAAAAUCGAAUCAUCCAAUGAUCUCUCCGGAUUCAAAUAGAGAAAUUCAUUCCUG